CAUCACUAGAGCUUCAUUUGACCUCUUGUCCAUGGCCGGAGUAGUCGUAGUGUUUGAUUUCGAUUUCACCCUUAUCGACUAUGAUAGUGAAAAUUGGGUCGUGGAUACAUUCGGGCUCACGGAUCUCUUCGAACGAUUUCUUCCUACGAUGCCCUGGAACUCUCUCAUGGAUAAGAUAAUGAAAGAGUUGCAUUCGAAAGGACUAUCGAUCGAAGACAUUGAAGGGUGCUUGAGGACUAUUCCAUUAGACUCUCAUAUCGCCAGUGCAAUUAAAAUUGCUCAUGCUCUCGGGUGCGAGUUGAGGAUUGUGAGCGAUGCGAACAAACUGUUUAUAGAGACAAUUCUAGUCAAACAUGAGCUAUUGGAGUAUUUCUCGGAGAUCAACACAAACCCUUGCUAUGUGGAUGAAGAAGGAAGGCUUAGGAUCUCGCCAUAUCAUGACCACAUCAUGUCGGUCCAUGGGUGCAAUCUUUGCCCUCCAAAUAUGUGCAAGGGGAUGAUACUUGAUCGGAUUCGAGCAUCGGCCGCUAUUGCGGGGAAGAAGCAACUCAUCUAUGUAGGAGAUGGCAAGGGUGACUACUGCCCUUCCCUUAGGCUCACUGAAGGAGAUUGUCUGAUGCCGAGAAAGGACUUCCCUUUGUCUAAACUCUUGUAUACUAAUUCCGACUUGCUAAAGGCUCAACCACACCAUUGGAGUAGUAGCGAAGAGCUCAAAGAAGUGCUUCUCCGACUCAUCACUCAGGUAGAAGCUAAUUCACUGUCCUUGGUGGGUUGCAAUCACAAGGAAAUUCAAGAAUCUCCACAAGAAGUACUUUCUUUCGCUCUUGGAAUGCAUAACUAGUUUUGAUUGUGUUUCAAUGUAAACUAAGGAAACUUUCAUAUAUUUGCUAUUAUGUAUGAGAUUAAGAAAGCUAAACUAAAGUUUAAGUUAAAAGGGCCAAAACUAAGCUACCAACUUUGGCAAUGGAUUAACUUUUGGAUUUAUUAAAGGGGGCAUUAGUUUUUUAUUUUACCCCUCCUGUUAA